AUGUUGAAACGAUAUAGUUACGCAAUAGUCAAGAAGAUGACAAACUCAUUUGCCCAUGUUCUCGGGCAUGGAGGCUUUGGUACUGUAUAUAAAGGGAAGUUACCGGAUGGAAACCAAGAUGUUGCAGUGAAGGUUUUAAAAGACUCAAAGGGGAAUGGAGAUGAGUUCAUCAAUGAAGUAGCUAGCAUGAGUAGAACAUCCCAUGUUAAUAUCGUUUCUUUGCUUGGUUUCUGUUAUGAAGGAAACAAGAGAGCUAUAAUCUAUGAGUUCAUGCCCAAUGGAUCUCUGGACAAGUUUAUAUCCCAGAAUAUGUCAGCAAAGAGGGAUUGGGAGAAGCUAUAUGAUAUUGCGUUAGGCGUCUCUCGCGGCCUAGAGUAUUUGCACAACCGUUGUGUGUCAAGGAUUGUACAUUUCGACAUAAAGCCGCAAAACAUACUCAUGGACAAAGAUCUUUGUCCUAAGAUUUCUGAUUUUGGUCUUGCUAAGCUCUGUAAAAAUAAGGAGAGCAUCAUAUCCAUGCUAGACGCAAGAGGAACGGCAGGAUACAUUGCUCCUGAAGUGUUUUCUAAGAAUUUUGGAGGAGUUUCACAUAAGUCAGAUGUGUACAGUUACGGGAUGGUGGUUCUUGAGAUGAUUGGAGCAAGGAAUAGAGAAAAGAUUGAAUAUUCUGGAUCCAACAAUAGUUCAAUGUACUUUCCAGAUUGGAUCUAUAAGGAUUUUGAGAGAGGAGAUAUCAUGACGAUUUUCGGAGAUCAGAUAACAACAGAAGAAGAAAAAAUUGCAAAUAAAAUGGUAUUGGUUGGUCUAUGGUGUAUUCAGACAAAUCCAUCUCAUCGUCCAGCAAUGAUCAAAGUCAUUGAAAUGUUAGAGGGGAGUAUAGAAGCUCUCCAGGUUCCACCUAAGCCUCUCUUGGGUUUACCCACAAUGGUUCCAGAAACUGUUGAAGAUAGUAAUGAGACAUCCUUCUCUAACCCAAGUCAGUUGGAAAGAGGUAAUCUUUCAGCUCCUGAAGAUACAUUACAAUUUUUCAACAAAGAGUUUCAAAAACCUGAUAAAGGAAGUCAAAGUAUUUCAAAGUCUUUCUCAACUAAAGUCAGCAGAGAGAGUUGAUCUCUUACAUAAAACUUUUCAUUAUCUUGAGGUAUUCUUGUCGGUUGUUUAUAUAGAAUUCAUAUGUGAUUGUAUUGAUUAUAUGCUUAUAGAACAAGAACCGCGCCAUGAAC